GACCUCGGACGAUACAACCUGGUCUACAUAUACUUUGCUUAUACGUAAACAAAGAAGAAUUCUAUCACUUCUCCUAAUAUUUAACAAUGCAUAAAGCAUCACAAUUUGAUCUUAAAUUUAUUGACAGUCAUCACAGACGAUGUGUGAAAGUUUUAUUUCCUGUGGUACCAUUACCGAUUAACAUUGAGAAUGUAGGAGUACGCAGUCAACAAUUUUUUUACAUGAUUGUUGAACAAAUAGAUCUCCAACACCUUAUUCAAAUUCGAAUGAUUCAAGUAAACGAUCAAUCUAAAAUGCUCAUCAGUACAAUUGACAACGCAGCAUACGAACGCAUAAGAGCAGAACAAUCACUGCACGUUACAUUUCAAGGGUUUGUCGAUCAUUUGAUCAAAAUUCUUGACAGUUGCAAGCGAGAAGAAUUGCAUUUAGCACUUUUAUCUGAAAACAAAUGUUAUAUGUUGCAAAUUUUCGAGAAAAGUUCAUUUAAGAAUUUAACCCAUUUGUUUGUUCCGAUGGAGAAAGCAACAACCGAUAUCGUUCUCUUUCAUAUAAAUCAAUCGCUCCAAGCUCUGCAAGAACAGGCAACAACACACUUAUCUCAAGUACAGCAGUUUCAGAUGGAGAUAGAUACGAAAAACAAUACAAUCGACAAACUAAAAAAAGAAGUGAAAUCCCUAAGUGGCAAAAUGGAAGAACAAGAAAAUUUAAUAUUUAACAGAAAUACGGAAGAAGUUAAUCGCCUGUUGCAAACUAUUAAAAUGCUCAAUGAAAGCAAGGACACUGAAGAGUGUCGACUUAAAUCCAUCAUCAAUAGUAUGCAAGAGAAAAUAGACCAGUUAACGAAGGAAACCUAUGAGCGCACAGAACGCAUAGUUCAAGAAUCAAAGCGUUUUGAAGCAUCUCGCGAAGAAAAUGUAAAGCUACGGGGACAAACUGUUCAAUUGAAAGAAGAAUUAGAUCGGUUACAAGCUAAUAUUACAUCACAACAGUGUCGAGAAUCCCGUUCCGAGAUAGUAGUUACGGAUUUAAAACGACAAUUGAUUGAAAUGCAGAGUAAACUAAAGAUAGCCGAGAAGCAACGAUCCGAAUUAGAGGCAGAAUUGGAAGCGGAAAAGAAUAUAUGUCUAACAAAAAAGCAUGCUCUACAACUGACGACUGAUGAACUGGCAAAUGCUUCUUUAGUGAUCAAUAAUCUUAACAAGGAGAAUAUUAAAUUAAAAAGCAAACUCGAAUUGCGAACAGAUAUCGCAAUGCGUCAAGAAAAAAUGUUGCUUGAAAAGGAUAAAAGAAUAACGGAAUUGAACGAUACAGUAACAGCUAUACAAAAUGAACAUUUGAGAAACAAAUCUUGCAAUGAAGAAUAUGCUGAAAUUGUUGGGCGCAUUAAAGAAACCACAAAUAUUAUAGAAGAAAAAUAUCGCAAAAAAAUUAACGAUAUGAUACAUAUGCUGUCCGGUAAUCCUAACGUAGAAACAACGCCCUGUGUACCAUGUAAAUAUGAUGAUGAGUAGCUCAUCAUGGAAUAAAAAAAGUUGUUUUAUUCAACAAUAAAAUAUGUGAUGCUCAUGAUUGAUGCCUGGCCUAAUCAUUCAGGAACUCCAUCGUGGCUGAAUUGGGAUGUUACACAGUGAGAGUUAUAUGAUAUGACACAAU